GCUCUUUGGGAGAUUUCUGGACUCCAGCUACAGACGAAGAGAAACAGGUCUUCCAUCAUCGUAUCUGGUCAUGAAGCUGGUCCUGCUGACUCUCAGGCUGCUGUGCCUUGCUUGUCUCUGGCCCGUCACCUUGCUCAACAACCCCUACCCUAACCGGAAGAAAAACAAGGAUGUCUACUUGGCUGAGCAUGGCAAAAACAGAUUCAGAGGACGGAUUGACUACAAAUUAAAGAGAAAGGACAGCACUAAGUCCCUCCUGAUCAAAACUGAGCAGCUGCUAAGAAUCGAAGACCACGACUUUGCCAUGAGGCCUGGAUUCGGAGGAUCUGCCAUCCCUGUGGGCAUUGAUGUGCAGGUGGAGAGUAUAGACAGCAUCUCUGAAGUAAACAUGGACUUCACAAUGACCCUGUACCUGAGGCAUUAUUGGAAGGACGAACGUUUGGCUUUUCCCUCCAGUAACAAUCUAAGCCGCACAUUCGAUGGCCGGCUGGUAAAGAAGAUCUGGAAGCCUGAUGUUUUUUUCGUCCAUUCCAAGCGCUCCUUCAUCCAUGAUACCACCAUGGAGAACAUAAUGCUGAGGGUUUACCCAGAUGGCAACAUCCUUUACAGCGUCAGGAUUACAGUUACUUCUCUGUGCUCAAUGGACUUCAGUAGAUUCCCAUUGGACACUCAGAACUGUUCCCUGGAAUUGGAGAGCUAUGCAUAUGCUGAGAACGACCUCAUGUUGUACUGGAAAAAUGGCAAUGACUCUUUGAGGACAGAUGAGAUUGCUCUCUCUCAGUUCUUCAUUGAAGAGUUUCACCCCUCACAUGGUCUGGCACUGUACAGCAGCACGGGCUGGUACAACAGACUCUACAUCAACUUCAUCCUCAGAAGACACAUAUUCUUCUUCAUGCUGCAAACAUAUUUUCCUACAAUGCUGAUGGUUGUGCUGUCCUGGGUGUCUUUUUGGAUCGACAGGCGGGCAGUACCGGCCCGUGUCUCGCUUGGCAUCACUACAGUGUUGACUAUGUCCACCAUAAUUACGGGAGUGUCAGCGUCCAUGCCUCAGGUAUCAUAUGUGAAAGCGGUGGACAUCUAUUUGUGGACCAGCUUCCUGUUUGUGUUUCUGUCCGUCAUCGAGUAUGCAGCCGUCAACUACUUCACUACUAAGGAGGAAAUGAAGAAACUCGAGCAAUUGAAGCUCUCAGGAUAUGAUGCAUCUCAAGCCAUGGCGUUCGAUGGUUGUUUCCAUGACCAGGACAUAGAGCUCAGCACAUUUCCAUUGUCUGACCUAAACACAGACCCAUGCAUGUCCUCCAGGAACUCCACAACGCCCGACCUCCCUCCCGUCCUGGGCACACGCCUCCGUCGACGUCGUUCUAUCCGCCAAAGCGUCAACCAUAUCAUGAGCAACAGUUACAAGAUCGACUCCUAUUCAAGAAUAUUCUUUCCUUUGGCAUACUUUCUCUUCAAUAUCAUCUACUGGAGCAUCUACUCCUAAGUGAGAGAGAA